GCAGGGAGGCAUUAUAAUGACUGGAAGGUUUUCCAAGUUGGCAAUUUUGUACUGUUAUCUCUGCACAGAAAUAAAAGAUUUCCAGUGUCCUUAUGGAUAUCAGUAAGGAAAAGCGAGAUUUCAAUGUUGCCCUUCAGAUGAGCAGUUUCAGAACAGCUUUGAAGGGGUUUGAAAGAUUGGUUGAACAUACAGCGGCCCAGAAAAGGGAUGAAAGAUUAGGCUUGUUUACCCAAAAAGACGAUGCAAUUGAUUAUGACAAGUUUUAUGGGGCAGUAAAGGAACUUUUUGGUCCAGAAGUGAAGAGUCAAGAUGUGAAAUGCUUUUACAGAAAACUCUGCAACAACCCUGAUGCAUCCAUGGACUGGUGUGAGAUCUUUGGAUACUUCUGCUCAGAGGAAGAUGUGCUUGCUUCCGAGAUGGAUGAAGAGAAUUUGAUUUUCCUUGUUUCUAGAAAACAGCGAGUUGUAAUUUCAGGUAGUAGAAGACGGGAUGUGAUUAAGUCCAUUGUCAAGAUUCCUCAACUGGAUUUACUAAUAGCAGCAUCUCAAAAAGGACUGAUAACAGUCUUUAAUAGCCAGGAUACCUCCUGGAUUACUGGAUGCGACUACCUCUCACAACUGAAACGAAUUGUUGCCACUACAGAAAGGACCAUUAUUGUCUGGGAUUAUAAAGCUCAAGGGAGCAGCCAGGAAAACUAUUUUAUCAUAAAGCCCAUGGAUCACUGCCUCCUCUGUGUUUGUGUUGUGCCCCUGCCGGAGCAACUCUGCCGAGAUGACAUCCUCUUGGGAGAUGAUGGUGGCUUUGUGAACAAAUUCACAGUGAAUAGUGAUGACUUUGGACUAAAGCAGGCAAAAACCAAAAAGAAAUUACAAAAUCAGGUCUUAGACUCAAAGAACUUUAAAAGUGUUAAAAGGAAACUGCAUAAUGACUGGGUUAUGAAAAUUAGAUAUCUGCCAGCUCUGAAUUGCUUCGGAUCCUGCUCCUUAGAUAGUGUUCACUCAUUGGUUUUGGAUUCCUUGAAGAGACUUGAGGAUAAUUCACCUGUCAGAGAGUUUUCCAUGCCAAGAGGAGCAAAUACUUUUUGUUACUGUUCAAAAGCAAACGUGAUUGUGACUGGAGGAGAUGAUAAAGUGCUCCGCUUGUGGCAUCCCAAUAUAAGCACCAAGCCAGUGGGGAAACUUGUUGGACACAUGUUCAGUAUCACUGAGAUUGUAACGAAUGAAAAGGAUCAGCAUGUCAUCAGCCUUUCCUCUGCCAAGGUGUUCAGAGUAUGGGAUGUACAGACUCUUUCACUGCUACAAGUUUUCCAUGACAGCCAGGGGGGACCAGGAGACAUGCAGAUUUAUUCUAUGGUGUAUGAUUCCAAUCACGGCAUGCUGGUUACAGGAUCAAGUGUUAUAGACAUGUAUCCUUUGACUCGUAUGAUACAAGAUACGAAACAGAUUCCUCACACUCAUGAACGAGAAAUCAAUGUCAUGCUUUACAACAAGACUUUUCACCAAGUACUCACUAUUUGCUCAGAAUCUAUAAUUAAGGUAUGGGAACUAGAGACCGGCCUCCAAAUAUACCAGAUUUUAGACCCUCAUGGCUUCAAUGUUGAACUGACUGCUGGAUCUAUUGAUGAAGGUGGAUUUACCUUUGCCACAGGAGCAUAUAAUGGAACAGUUAAAGUCUGGGAUUUUGGCAGCGGGCAAGAGAUGAAAGUAUUGCCUGAAGGAAAAGAUUGGAAGGAGGAAGAGCACUGGCUGCAAGACCUGAUUUUCCUGAAAUCUCAGGAAAAACACCAGUACUUGAUCCUUGCCUUGGAGCGCAACGGGAAGAUCAAAAUGAUCCAGGGUAAGGAAGAGGAUAUUUUCCUCACGGUGAUAUGGGAGCUACCUGAUGUUGCGCCUUUCCUACAAGAUGGGAAUCGUGUCGUGCAUCUGAGGGCGUCUGCUAAACCAAAGAGCACAAACAGUCCUUUCCCAGAGGUCGAAUUGAUACUUGAUAGAAAAGUAUCUCGAUAUGCCAAUAAUCCUGCCUUCAGUAUAGAUGUGAACUGCAUUGAUUUAUUACAAUUGGAAGGGUAUAACUUGAUAGCUGCUGGAACCUUAAACGGUGUGAUCAUCCUAUGGAAUUUUGCAACAUCUACCGUCACAGAAGUGUACCGACCUGAAGAUUGCUUCACAGUGGACCCUGACUUGGAUCCCAAACGCUUUAGAGUUAAUGACAUAUUGUUCCUCUUCCGUACCCCUGAAUGUGCAAGGAGAUCAAGUCAGGAUUCCAUAUGCUCUUCAUCCCAGUGUGAUUCUAGUAGGGGUCCACAGAGUAGCAAGCACCACGGUAGUUCAUUGAUUUCUUCAACAGGUGAGAACACAGAUGGUACGGUGGGAGAGCAGCAGCCAGCAGACCAAAAACAAUCCGGAGGCUCCAGUUCAGCAGAAGCUCAACCACCUAUCCUCGUCACUGCACAUGAGGACGGGCACCUUCGGUUGUGGACUCUGGAGGGGAGACUCCUGAAAGAUAUGCUGCCUUUCACAAAACGUUCUGCCAUUUCUCUGACAUCGCUGUAUACAGAUUCAUGUACUAGGAUACUAUUGGCUGGAAAUGUUGAAGGACACGUUAUCCUUUGCAGUAUCAGUUCCUUCCUGGAUCCACCUCAUGAUGAAAAGAAAUUCAAGCAGCUGCUUUCCUGGCGUGCUCAUGCUUUAGAAAUUGUUCAACUAGUCUACGUAGAAGACAAACAAGUGGUGCUUACUGCCUCCAUCGAUGGCUCAGUAAGGGUCUGGCAGGCCGUCAAUGGUCAUUACUGUGGAUAUUUUGGACAGCGAAGGAUCUUUGAAUUAUCAGAGGCAAUUGAUUUCAUUUUACCUUGUGAUGUUAAUGAAUAUCCCAUAGAAAUAAAAGAAGAAAGUAAGUUCACAGAGAAGAAGCAAAAAUAUGAAUAUCCUCUGAUAUUUGACCGGAAAAAAUGGAGAAAAAUGAGCUCAAUGUCUUUGCUUUUCAAGCGUACACCUCCCAAACCCUUUGAAGUGGAACAGAAUUUUAAGUUUUUCGAGUCUCUUUCCUCACCCAAGAUACGAGCCUUUAGGCUAAAAGUAAUCAUUUUAAGUAUGUCUGAUGGACUCUUUAUUUAUGGCUUCCAGGUGCCAAGCCCCACUAGUCUAAGAUUCCUGCCACUCAUUGGUUUAGAAGCUCAAAGAGACUCUUUAGAUCUCCUCUCAGGAAAGAAGAAGGGAGGUCAUGUUCAACAUGAAAAAGUGAGGAGGAGAAGAAGUCUGAAAAGAAAUUUUGUCCCACAAAUAAAUCUGGCUUCUUCCUUCUUCCCAUCCAUUCCCAAGUAA